UAAACACAUUACUUAACGCCCGUUUAUUUAUGUAAACACAUUGCUUAACGCCCGAUUUUUAUUUUACGAUUUUUAUUUUCCAAUUUCCAGUGUGCUGGUGGAUGUUUCUGUGCGUGGAUGUCUGCAGCGGAAGUGCAUGUGGGUGGAUGUCUGGAGCGUGUGGGUGGAUGUCUGCAUUCAGACCUGUCCAUGAUUCAGACUCUUGAAACCUCCUACUACAAGUUACGCCUCCGUCUUGCAGGACGCAGACAGACCCACCUCGACAGACCCACCUCGAAUUUUCCGCCUUGCUGAUCCACGCGCAACUUUCAGAUUUCCGUACUUGUAGAAUUGUUUUUUGUACUUGAAGGAUUUUUUUUUGUACUUGAAAGAUUUUAGUUUGUACUUGAAAGAUUUUAGUUUGUACUUGAAAGAUUUUAGUUUGUAGGCUACUUGGAGGAUCUUUUUUUGUAAUUGAAGAAAUAUGUUUCUUUGUAUGUGUAAAACAUACUGUAUUUGUUUCUGAAGCAAAAUGCAUUAGUUUGUGAAUGAUGUUUUGUAUUUGCAAACCACACUGAGUGUGUGUGUGAAUCGUUAUGCGUGAGUUAAACAUGUUUUGUGUGUGUGUGAAUCGUUGUGCGUGAGUAAAACACGUUUUGUGUGUGUGUGUGUGGGGGGUUUUGGCAUGAUUCUAACUCCAUAGCUCUGGUUUAGGCCUAGUUGGCACAGGGUCAAUCAAACUAGAGUUCAGCGUUAACCUCCGUUCGUGGAAUACCAAACAGAAUGUGGAGUAAACAGUUGUGUUUCCUGCCUUUAUGUCUAGAUAUGUAUAGUGAAUGUCUUCCGCGGUGACGGCCCCUAGCGGGCACCCGUGACAUCGCAGGCUUAGGAGGGCUUUAGAAUGGAACCUGAACGAUGGUUCCUAUGUGUCACAUCGAGAAAUGUCCCCCGAUAGGAAGUGGCUUCGUGAGGGCCAGAGACGAAGGAUUAACAUUGUUAACUGAACCAAUGUUACUCAGUGUCGGGACUGCUCCACAUGUCCCGCUUAUGACCGCUCUAUUAUCAGAAUAAAACCAUAAGUUAGAGCGGAAGGACCGACGCUCCGGUCCCAGAGGAGCACUUCGGGACUCGAGGAGCUCCCCGAGGCUAACCGUCACACCACCGGGUCAACACCUCACUCCACCGUGUUCUGGGUGAACUAUGUCCAGUGAUUGGUAUUGAACAGUUAAGCUUCAGUCAGUCCCCCACACCCCACCAUGUCCACCAUGUCCACCACGUCGCUGGACCAGGAGCUCCAGGAGCGGCUGCGCGAGGCGGCGGCCAUCGGGGACUUGGACGAGGUGCGCUCCCUGGUCGAGGGGGGGGUCAACGUCAACUCUCAGAACGAGAUCAACGGCUGGACAUGCCUUCACUGGGCCUGCAAGCGGAACCACAGGCACAUUGUGUCGUACCUGCUGGACUCUGGAGCCGACAUGGAGAUACUGACGGCCAAGGAUGAGCUCGCCUCUCAGCUAACCUCCAAACCAGAAAUCAAGAGGCUGCUGGGAGUGGAAGACCUGCCGGAGGUGAAGGAGGCGGAGCUGCCCAUCAUCCCCAACUACCUGUCCAACCCGCCCUUCAUGUACAGCAAGCUGGACAGCAAGGUGGAGGAGCUGGUGGCUCAGCUCCAGCAGCAGAGCGGCUCCGGGGACCUCGAGCCGGAGGACCCCUCCGUCUCCCCCACCCACCAGCCCCCGCCACCGGUGCUGAGCCCCGUGGGCGACGCCCCCAACGCCCGCUUUGUCCCCGUCUGCUCCCUGACCACACCCGCCCCCCUGGCGCCCCUCGGCCAGCCGGGCCACCCCUCAGGGGCCUUCGUCCCCCUGGUGGAGCAGAACGGGAUGCAACACCCCCACCCGUACUCUGCGGUCAACGGGGUGCUGCCCAUGGACCUGUCGUCGGAGCCCCCCCCGGACUACCCCCCCCACGCAGCACAGAACGGCGCGGGCUGCACGCCGCCGCGGGCCUCCCCCAGCUCCAGCAGCGGCAGCCAGGUGCAGGCUCCGGGGCCCGGAGUGCACCCCGCCAUGACCCGGCAGCCGUCCGUCCCCCAGCAGCUCAGCAGUGGUCCGGGCGGGGCCGGGGGCGGAGCUAUGCCCGCCUUCCAGCCCUUCUUCUUCACCAGCACCUUCCCGGUCAACGUCCAAGAGCUGGUGCUGAAGGUCCGCAUCCAGAACCCUAACACACGGGACAACGACUUUAUCGAGGUUGAGCUGGACCGCCAGGAGCUGACCUUCCGCUCGUUGCUCCGGGUCUGCUGCCGCGAGCUGGACAUCAGCGCCGAGCACGUGGAGAAGAUCCGCAAGCUGCCCAACACCCUGCUUAGAAAGGACAAGGACGUUGCCCGGCUGCAGGACUUCCAGGAGCUGGAGGUGGUGCUGGAGAAGGGGGAGGGUCUGUCCCUGUUCUCCGGGACCGGGACCCUCACUGACCGGCCCUGCUACAACAUGAAGGCCUCCCGGCUCACCUACUAGAGCCUCCAGGGCCCUGACCCCAAGACAGGAACCCCCCUUGUCCCUGUUCCCUGUUCUGGUCCCUGACUCCAGCCCUAGUCCCUGACCUCAGCCCUGUUCCCUGUUCUGGUCCCUGACUCCAGCCCUAGUCCCUGACCUCAGCCCUGUUCCCUGUCCUGGUCCCUGACUCCAGCUUCUCUCUAGCCCACCAUGAAGGAGUCCCGCCCAGCCAACGGUUUAAGGGUUUGGUUGCGGUAUUUUACCAGAUAGUGGUGUUUUUUAUUUAAUUUCUGCUAACCAAAAUCGCUAUCCUCCACUUUUCUUUAUUCACUUGAGACACAGAGGUGUACCUGCCCUGCGCUUAGUGUUUUUUUAUUUUUUUAUUUGACUAAUGCAUGGUGUCCUUUGUUAUCGCUUUAUGUACUCGUGGAUCAAAAAUGGGUUGGGGUUCCAGUGGUCUGUCGUAGACCUGGACCCGUGCUCAGAGAAAGGCCUUAAUCAGAACCAAUCCUGACUAACUGCGGAGCUAUGGACUACAAACAUGGACCCCAGCGGAGUGGGAGUGGAAGGUGACCGGCGUACUGCUUCAGACUGGUUUAACACCCCCCCCCUCCCCCUAGCUACCCUCACCAGGGUACGGUUGCAGCACAGCAUCCCUGCACACAGCAACCUGUACGAAAUUCAGCCCUCUGAAGCUCCUCAAUCCGACGCCGUCGAAGACACACGCACACACCACCGAUACUAACACACAUGCACACAGACCCGAUACUAACACACACACACCCCGAUAUAAACACACACGAACAAACCCAGAUAUAAACACACGCGCACACCCCAAUACGAACACACGCACACACACCCCCCGAUAUAAACACACAAACACACCCCCUGAUAUAAAUGGGGAUGAAGGACUGUGCAGACGACUGCACUGUCGGAAGUUUCCAGAAUAUUGAAGAUGUAUAACAUUAAGGGUAACUGCAGAUCCUCCCUAUGGUGGUUAGAUGGGUGGACUGAAUUUGAUGACCUCUACAGUUAUUGAUAGGAUCUUGUGUGGAAGGAGAAAGCGAGUGACAUUGUGUUUGUUGGGUUGCGUUCUGGACAGAGAACACGAUGGAAAGUUUGACUUAACCUAUGCAUUCAGAGUUUGAUAUUUUUAUAAUGGUUCUGUGUAUUUUGCAGAUAACCUUACACACUGUUGAAGCUGUGAUUUACGU